AUGCCAAGGAUAUCUUUGGCGACUAAAUCAUCGUUUAGGCUGCAGUUUGUUACUGUGACAGGAGCAUCUGUCAGCUUAGCUUCUCAGUGGCUAGACAAAUACGACUGGAACCUUCAAGAGUCUAUAAAUGGAUACUUGAACCAAGAUAGUUAUUCAAGGGCCAGACCUCUUAAAAUUGAUUCGAAGUUGAAUGCUAUUUACGAUAAAUAUAAAGACUCUAAUAACGAAAAUAAAAUUGACAUAAAUGGAACCAUUGCAUACCUUGAAGAUUUGAAUUUCGAUCCAGAACACCCUAUAAGUUUAACAUUAGCAUUUUUCUUGGAAGCACCAACCAUGGGUGUAUUCACUAAAGAAAAAUUCUUGAAUAAGUGGCAAAACGAAAAGAUUAAUUCCCUUAGUGGAAUGAGAGAGUUUAUUUUGAGGCUACAUAAUGACUUGGAAACCAACCACGAGUUAUUUCAAGAACUUUAUAACUUCACCUUCGGUUUCUUAAUGGAAGUUCCAGGUCAAAGAUUGCUAAAUUAUGAGUUAGCAGUGGAUUACUGGAGAUUGCUUUUGAUGAAUAAAAAGGAAUUUGAGCCAUGUUAUGGUAGGUUAGAGCAAUGGUUUGAUUUUAUAUUGAACGAAUAUAAGCGGGGCUUGUCAAACGAUACGUGGAAAAUGUUUUAUCUCUUCAUUAAAACUAUUGCAUUAAAAGAUCCAUCUAAUUUCGAAGAUUACGACGAAAUGUCUGCGUGGCCUAGCGUUAUUGACGAGUACAUUGAAUACUUGAAAGAAAAUAAAUUGUUAAAUUAA